CCUCCAUUAUUCCACUCAAUGUCACUACAUACCAACGUUCUGGGUAUAAAACUGAACAGCACCGUGGACAGUAGUUAAAUCAUAUUAUUAUUCAUCGCUAUGCAUUUCAAAGUGACCAUCGCCGCAUGGCUUUUAGCCAUAUUAUUCAUAAGUCAAACUAAAUGCGACGAUAAAGACGAAAAAAAGGCCGACAGCGGACACGGUAGCAGUAGUGGCGGCGACUCACAUGGUAGCAGUAGCGGCGGCGACUCACAUGGUAGCAGUGGUAGCAGUGGUAGUAGUGGUAGUAGUGGUAGUAGUGGUAGCAAACCUACAGGCAUGGAUAACAUGACGUUCGGUAUGAACGGGAUGUCCGGUAUCCAACUACCGUUCCCGUUUUUCCCACCGUUCGGAUGUGACACAACGUGCCAACCAAUACAAUUACAAAUAUUUCAGCAACAAGUACCCCGGGAGCCGGCGCCGACGACCCACGCGCCGACCACACAUGCUCCGACGACCAUGCCGCCGCCGAAAAUUACAACACCAGCACACAAGCCGGCCAUGGCACCGACGACCCCGACAUACACCUCGCAAACGAUCAUUAUGUACCCGAACUGGUGCCAGGGCUGGUGCAAGUUUUUCUAUCAACCACCUCCGCAGCCGGUGUAUUACCAGCCGAACUGUCUACUGUUUUCGUGGAUGGGAUUGGGAUCGGGAAUGGCGAUGGGAAUGCAACCAGCUAUGUCGUGAGUCGUUUGCUCUAACAAAACAACAUUCGUUAUGGCGGUAGUUCCAUCAUGUAUAAUUGCGUGUAGUAUUUAUUUAUUUAUUUUUUGUUUGUUUACUAUAUUAUAUCGACUAUAACAUAUUGUCAACCACAGCAACAAUAAUAAUUUAAAAAGAAAAAAAACAAUUUUAAAUAAUUUUGUUUUAUUGUUAU